CUUCCCCCACAAACCUCCCUCCCUUCUUCCUCUCUCCGAGGUCUGAACUCCCACCCCACGCAACCAUCGCAAAAACCCCACUCCACCUCUCACCUGCUCUCUCCGCCGCCGCAGCGGCGCAGCGCCUCCACUCUCACUCGCUCAUCCAUUCCCUCCCUCCUCACGAUCGAGAAUGUUCUACUCGCACCAGCUCCUCGCGCGGAAGGCUCCGCUCGGCCAGAUAUGGAUGGCGGCGACGCUUCACUCGAAGAUCAACCGGAAGCGGCUUGACAAGCUCGACAUCAUCAAAAUCUGUGAGGAGAUUUUGAACCCGUCGGUACCCAUGGCACUAAGGCUCUCCGGAAUUCUCAUGGGUGGUGUGGCGAUCGUGUACGAGAGGAAGGUGAAGGCUCUGUAUGAUGAUGUGUCUCGGUUUCUGAUUGAGAUCAACGAGGCAUGGCGGGUCAAGCCAGUCGCAGACCCCACCGUACUUCCCAAGGGCAAAACCCAAGCCAAGUAUGAAGCAGUAACACUGCCAGAGAAUAUCAUGGAUAUGGAUGUGGAGCAGCCCAUGCUUUUCUCAGAGGCUGAUACUACAAGGUUCCGGGGAAUGCGUUUGGAGGAUUUGGAUGACCAAUACAUUAAUGUCAACCUAGACGAUGAUGACUUCUCGCGCGCUGAGAAUCAUCACCAAGCUGAUGCAGAAAAUAUCACCCUGGCUGAUAAUUUCGGGUCUGGGCUUGGAGAGACUGAUGUGUUCAAUCGUUUUGAGAGAUUCGACAUAACAGAUGAUGAUGCAACUUUCAAUGUCACUCCUGAUGGACACCCACAGGUUCCAAGUAAUCUGGUUCCUUCUCCACCUAGGCAGGAAGACUCUCCUCAGCAACAAGAAAACCAUCAUGCUGCCUCAUCCCCUCUUCACGAAGAAGCUCAACAAGGGGGGGCAUCUGUAAAAAAUGAGCAAGAGCAGCAGAAGAUGAAGGGUCAGCAACCUGCUAAAUCAUCAAAGAGAAAAAAACGUAGGAAAGAUGAUGAGGUGAUGAUGGAUAACGACCAGAUAAUGAUCCCAGGAAAUGUAUAUCAAACAUGGCUGAAGGAUCCAUCAAGCCUCAUUACCAAAAGGCACAGAAUCAACAGUAAAGUUAAUCUUAUUCGGUCAAUCAAGAUAAGAGACCUCAUGGACUUGCCCCUCGUUUCUCUAAUAUCUUCCUUGGAGAAGUCACCCUUAGAAUUUUAUUAUCCUAAGGAACUUAUGCAGCUUUGGAAGGAAUGUACUGAAGUCAAGUCCCCAAAAGCUCCAUCUUCAGGAGGGCAGCAGUCAUCAUCACCAGAACAACAGCAAAGAAACUUGCCUCCUCAGGCAUUUCCAACCCAGCCUCAGGUUGAUAAUGACAGGGAAAUGGGAUUUCACCCAGUGGACUUUGCAGAUGACAUCGAAAAACUCCGAGGAAACACUAGUGGGGAAUAUGGAAGAGAUUAUGAUGCUUUUCACAGUGAUCAUAGUGUUACUCCUGGAAGUCCUGGGCUAAGUCGCAGGUCUGCUUCAAGCUCUGGUGGCUCUGGACGGGGAUUUACGCAGUUGGAUCCAGAAGUACAGUUGCCAUCCGGAAGGUCCAAGAGGCAGCAUUCAUCUGGAAAAAGCUUUGGGAACCUCGAUCCAGUUGAAGAAGAAUUCCCAUUCGAGCAAGAACUUAGAGAUUUCAAGAUGAGAAGGCUUUCAGAUGUUGGGCCAACUCCAGACCUGCUGGAAGAAAUCGAACCUACUCAAACCCCAUAUGAAAAGAAAUCCAAUCCUAUCGACCAGGUCACACAAUCAAUCCACUCGUACCUCAAGCUACACUUUGACACCCCAGGGGCCUCACAGUCUGAAUCAUUAAGUCAGCUAGCACAUGGGAUGACUACAGCAAAGGCUGCCCGACUCUUCUAUCAAGCAUGCGAUUGUAGCCAUGUUUGAUGGACGAGUUAGUGAUUUUAACUAUGUCAAUAAUGGUUAUGUUUCUUUUCUCCCUCGAUGAGAGAGGAUGAGGGCCUAACACCAUGUGUGGGCAAGAUCGGUGUUCACAAAAGUUUGUUUUAGCAACUCAUGAUUUUAUCAAGGUUAACCAGCUGGAACCAUACGGAGACAUCUUGAUCUCGAGGGGACCAAAGAUGUGACAUCCUAAAUGUUUAAUAGUUGGACAAUUUUCUGCUGUUGUGGUUCUUGCACAUCUCGUGUUAUGUAUGGUGUUUAAGUUUGCACAUGAAGUUUAGAAAAACUUCGAAGGAAGGCUUGUAGGUACGUUGUAUUGGGGCAUGUAUUUAACACUAGUUUUGUGUAGGAAAGAAAUUUUGUAAGUAUGCUGAAUGGCUUGAUAGCUGGUGCAAGGUUAAAGUUAUACGAUACCUUUCUUUCUGUAUAUUUAAGAUGAUGAAAUAACUGGUUUUACCUCUUA